AAGCCCGGAAAAUAUGACGAAGCUAACAUUCAAUUGUAUUCAUAAGGUAUUGAACGGAAAUGAUUCUGAUCUUAAUGAUGGCAUCAUUGUGCAGUUCCUUAGUGUACACUCGACUACUCCAGAAGAUAAAAUUUAUUGAAAAGGUACAAUCUCUUGAGGCAAUCUAAGUGUUACUUCUGUUAUUAGAGGAUCCUGCGCGAAAGAAUCUCAAAAUAAAUAUGGAGCUUACGAAAUAAAGCCUUAUGACAUCGUCAAAUUUAACAAAUGGAAUGCUAAAUAAAGUCAUAAGCAAGGAUUCAAAACCAAAGUUCUUCAUAAUCUUGAGUGGACCUUAUAAAAUUCUCAAAACGGGACUAUCUACAAGCAUAGGAGAUCCUAAAAAUUACUAUGAUUUCCAAAGUAAUAGUGAAAUCCCAGACCCUGACCCUAAGAAUUGAGUUUACCUAAGUAGUCCUCUUAUCAAAGAAGAAACAAAGGAUACCUUCGAGUCUCCUAAAAUAACAAGAAGGUCAAGAAUAAAGAUGGAUGGCUCUGUAUCACAAGAUGCCAAUGACGAUUAUAUGCCCAUAAAAGCAAUCAGCUGAGCCAAUAACGACUGGAUAAUUUUAGCAAAAGUAACUAAAAAGACUCCAAUAAGAGAAUACUCGAAUGAUAGAGGACCUGGUAAACUUUUCAAUAUAGAGCUCACAGAUGGCUUCGGAACUCAAAUCCAAGCUACAGCAUUCAAUAGAGCUGCAGAUAAAUGGUUUGCCAAGAUCGAAGAAGGCAAAAUUUACUGAAUUUCCAACUGAGCUGUAAGAAUAUCUAACAAAAAGUGGACGAGUAUUAAAAAUGAUUAUUGUCUUUAUAUUUCAGAGACCUCAACAAUUUAUCUAUCAGAAGACCAAACGAUAGAUAUUGCAGAUAUUCAGAUAUGUAGAACAACCAUCGAAAGCGUUUUCAAUAGCUCCGAAGGAAUGUCUCUCGACUUUGUCUGAAUCCCAGUAGAAGAUUAUGGAACAAGAGAAAUUCUAUUAAAAUCUGGAGAGUCAAAAUAAGCUUAGAACACUCUUAGUUGUAGAUGAAAGCAAAAUUGACAAAAUGGAGGAAGAUCAGGUUCUUGGUAUCGAAGUCCAAAUCUGGGGAUCAAAUCCAGAGAAUGUAAAUGUAGAAUUAGGCAAACUUCUGAUCAUAAAAAGGUGAAGAUCAACCUCUUUCAGAGAUUCGAAAAGAAUCAGUUGUAGUGAAGAUUAUGAAUUUUAUUAUUUUAAAGAUGUAAAGCAUCUUAGAGAAAUGCUCCAGGUCUUCAAGUGGUAUAAAAUAAUCACUGAAGGAGAUCAAGAUAUUAAGAGUAGAAUCCACAAUAUUUCAAGCGAAUCUUCUCCUGGAAAUUCUGGAUCCACCCCUAUAAGAAUGAUUAUUCAAGCAGAAGCUGAAAAUCUAGAAUUUUAUUUCUGUUAUGUAAACUUAGAACUUAUUCGGUCUGAUGAAAGAGCAGUCUAUGAAGCAUGUCCUCAAUGUAAGAAGAAAGUUGUAAAAACUCUUGAAGGAAAAUAUGCCUGAGAGAGAUGAGAAACUGAUUUUGAAGAACCAAAGUACACAUACAUGCUCAGUUUUAAAAUAUCAGAUGGCUUCACAAAAGAUAAUGCAGAAGGAACAAAAUGGUGCAACUGCUUUGGAGAGCAAGGCCAAACAUUAAUGGGCAAAAUUACUGCUAAAGAAUAUUACGAUAAAUUUCAUACUGAUUUUGAUGAGAAAGAUGAAUUAAACUGUUCAGUCCAGUUAUAAGAGAACUAGGAAAAGAGAACCUGUACAAAAGAUAUAAAAUGCUUAUUAAGAAGUCAGAGACUGAAUUCCAGGGUGAACUUAGGAACAGGUAUACUGCACUCAAGAUUUUUAAGGAGAAAGUUACAGUUGAGAAUGGGUAUUAUUUGAACUUGUUAAAGGAAUAUCAGGAGGAGGAAGAGGGGUGAUAAGUGGAGAGGCAGAUGGGGUUAAAG